GUGUUUACAAAUUGGGGGUUAAGCUUCAGGGCCGAUUGUAAUUCCACAAGACGUUAAAAAACAAUUUUGUGUUAAAAAGAGGACAUUGUUUGAUUUGAUAUGAUAUUCUCUAGGUGACUAAGUAUAUCUGCAGCAAUUUGAGGACUUCUUCAAUUGUUCUACGUGCGAUGGCAAGUGUAAAUUCUGCAGAAUAUCCAGAGUGCAAGCCAAUCAUCCAUUCACCCAUGAAUCUGUCAUGUCACCAAGAGGCCAUGUCGAAACUCAAGAGCACAGACUCACAACCCAUUCCUGCUGGUGGUGGGAAGGGCAGCGGUAGUAAGGCCAGCAAGAACCCCUUUCCAACCAGUCCCCAGCCCACCGGUCAGUCCCCCUCCCCAUCCUCGAGUUCAAUGCUGAAAAAGAGGAGAGCAGACUUCAGAUUCGGCCGUAUCUUGGGGGAGGGAUCGUAUUCAGAGGUUGUGUUGGCUACAGAAAUAUCAUCUGGCAACCAGUAUGCAAUCAAAGUACUUGAAAAGAAGCAUAUUUUACGGGAGGGGAAGCAGAAGUAUGUUUUACAGGAGAAGGAAGUCCUGAGCAGACUAGAUCAUCCAUUCUUUGUCAAACUAUACUUCACCUUCCAAGAUAAUGAUAAGCUGUACUUUGGUCUGAGUUUAGCGAAACGUGGCGAGCUCUUACCGUACAUCAAGAAACUUGGUUCGUUUGACGAGAGUUCAUCAAGGUUCUACACUUCAGAAAUCAUAUUAGCUCUUGAAUACCUUCACAGUAUGGGAAUCAUACAUAGAGACCUGAAACCGGAAAAUAUUCUUCUCAAUGAGAAGAUGCACAUACAGAUCACAGACUUUGGAACAGCCAAGAUUAUAGGGACUGAUGAUAAGAAGGAUGGGUCAUCUCGUGCAAAUUCAUUUGUUGGUACUGCUCAAUAUGUGUCCCCGGAGCUACUCACUGAAAAAUCUGCAACGAAAAGCUCGGACCUCUGGGCUCUUGGCUGCAUAGUGUAUCAACUACAAGCAGGGCUACCUCCAUUUAGAGCAAGCAAUGAGUAUAUGAUAUUCCAGAAAAUAAUCAAGUUAGAGUAUGACUUUCCAGAUGGGUUCUCUCAGACAGCACGGGACUUGGUCUCAAAACUUCUUGUUAUUGAUCCGCUGAAAAGAUUAGGCUGUGACGAGUGUGGCGGGUACCCUGCCCUGAAGGCACAUCCAUUCUUAGAUGACGUUGACUGGGACAAUCUCCACGAGCAGAAGGCACCUGUACUCAAACCAUGCACAGUGGUCGAUGGGGAAGAGAUCCAUAGCGAGUACUAUGUUGAUGAUUUUGACUUGGAGUUGAACCCUACCAGCUUAAGUGAGUACCUGAAGAGGAUCGAGACGCACGACCGCGCCCAUAGUCCUACCAGGGAUAACAAAUAUGUUGUAGAUUUUACACCGGGAGAACGCAAGCAGAGACUGGAGAGGCAACGGAAGGAGAACAAAUGGCACCGGUUUGUGGAAGGCAAUCUCAUACUAAAGAAUGGCUGGGUGGAUAAGAGGAAGGGUUUGUUUGCCAGGAGGAGAAUGUUACUACUAACGGAAGGCCCCCACUUGUAUUAUGUAGAUCCUGAAAAUAUGGUCCUCAAGGGAGAAAUACCAUGGUCACCGCAACUGAAAGUAGAAGCUAAGAAUUUCAAGACAUAUUUUGUGCAUACACCAAAUCGGACAUACUACCUUAUUGACCCAGAGAGUGAUGCAGUUGAGUGGUGUCAAGCAAUCAAAGAGAUGUACAGACAUACGUACCAAAAGUCUAUUUAAUCUAUCGCCAUCAUCCUCCGCUACCUGCUCCAUUCUGUGGACCAGUGGGAGGAUCAGCCCCCUUCGCUUUGUCCAUUGAUGGUUAUGUGUGAUGUUUGCAAUGGUAUCGUAUACUUCUUAUCAUAAAAUGCUAUUUAUGAUUCAACCUAACAUAAAAGGUAUGUUGAGGUUGCUGAUUUGGAGAGAGAUUAUAUGUGAUGUAAUUGUAGUUCUUCAGCCUGGUGAUGAGGUUGAGUAAUGUACUUGCUUCAACCUGGUCAUAAGAUUGAGGGUGUAUUUCAUUUCAACCUGGUGAUGAGGUUGCCAUCUGUAGUUGCUCCAACCUGGUGAUUAGGUUGAGCAUUUUAGUGGCUUCAACCUGGUGAUGAGGUUGGGGUUGUAGUUCCUUCAGCAUGCAUGGUGACAAGGUUGGUGAUUGUACUUGCUUUAACCUGGUGAUGAGGUUGGGGUUGUAAGUUCCUUCAGUAUGCAUGGUGACAAGGUUGGUGAUUGUACUUGCUUUAACCUGGUGAUGAAGUUGAGGAGAGUAGUUCCUUCAACCUGCUGAUAUGGUUGAAGAUUGUGUUUGCAUCACCGGGUGAUGAGGUUGUGUUUUAAGUUGCUUAUCCUGGUGAUGAGGAUGAGGAUAGCAGUACCUUCAGCCUGGUGAUGAGGUUGGCAUUGUAGCUACUUGAACCUGGUGAUGAGGUCUGGCAUUGUCUCUAUAAAUUCACAAAAAGAAUAUACCAUGGACAGGGGAAAGCGGGCUUGAAUCGGCUGUGUCAUACAAACAUUGAUUAUCUCAAAUGAAGUAGAAUAAUGAAGUUUACAUAUUUUAUUAAUUGUCACGUUGUUGUGAUGUGUCAUUGUAUGACAUACCUUAUUCAAGACGCUACAAUCAUGAGUAAUGCCAAACCUUUAUUUCCCUGUGAAUAAACCGACUAUUGAUCUAGUGUGUUUUCCUAGAAAUAGGAACAUAGAGUUAGAUAUUUUAUGUUUUCUUCUGAAAAUUUCUAUUCAUUUUUCUUAGUGUAUUUAAAAAUCUAUGGAAGAUGUUGAAUAGAUUGUUACCAGCCAUGUAACAUAGAGUUUAGUGAUUGAUCGUAAUGACGAUAUCUAUGAUUGGUUACAUUGACUUUUGUGUAUGAUCAAUCGUAGGAAUCAGCCCUAAAAUCAAUCACUAAUGUUUAUGUUCCAGGGCGCUGGACACAAAGUCUCUGUAUAGCUCCGAAUGUAAAUAUGUCAAUGGAGAGAUAUAGUAUGUAUGCAAUAAUGUAUUGUACAGUAAAUGGAUGGAUGGAGUCCAUAUUCUAUCCUUUUAUCUCUAGAAUUGUGCCCAUUUGUGAUUGAAAUGAUUAUACCGUUACAAUAAUGUCCUUGUGUAUCACAACAAGUCUCAGAAUUUUAUGUUGCUUAUUACCCUGCUGUAUCACCCACAUUUAUAUAAUCAUAUGCCUAUUUUGUCAAUCCUCGAAAUAUUACAGGCGUUCCUUCCAUUCACAUGUUUCAUCUUUACAUUUUGAUCAGUUUACUGUCACAAUAUAUAUGUUAAACUCAUACAAUGAUAUGUGUAUAUGUACACACUAGGUUGCCCGUGUAAGCAACGUGUAGGCCUCGUAAGUGCUAGUACAUGUACUUGGACAUAUUCAAUUCUAUAGUUCAAUGUUGAACUCAUAAAGACUAGUAUUUACAAAUUUCGUGAUGAGUAUACUCUUUCAAUUUAUUUUUCCGGCUGGUAUACACUAUGAAGUAGACGUAGUGUGGGGCUCAUAGCAGAAUAUUAUUGUACUUAACCAGGAUGGGUCCACCCUAAGAGCCCUGUGGAGCUCCACAUGUAAGCUGCCAUGUAUGAAGUAAUGAAACAAAACGUGUUUGCUUCAUCACUGGUUUCUGAUGUUUUCCUUUUCAUUUAAUUGUCAUGACAAUUGAAUUCAACAGCAUUCUUUCUUUCAUUAUAUUAAUGUUUAAAUAGUGUUUUGCUUUUUUAGAUACAUUAGGAGGAGAUGUAACAUGGUAUGAAUGAAUCAUGAUUAAGGUUUGUUUUUGGAGCAUCUGGCAUGUCACAGCAUGGUUAAGAAUGAAAUAUGAAAACAACAGCUGAAAUUUGGAUGAUGAAUUUCAAAAUGACAGGUAUGUGAAGAGCAAACUUUGCUUCAGAUGAGGUUCACGAUUGUUGAUGUUGGUAUAUGUGGCAAGAAGCACCAUUUAUGCCAUUUUAUAUCUAACGUCUCCAUAUGUAGAUCAAUAAUCAUUUAAAAAUGCCGUGUUUGAUUUUCAAUGACCUACUAUCAUUUAUUUUACUUUGGAAGGAAAUUAAAAAUCUAUUAAAUUUGUAUAGAUUUCUUAAUAUUACAACGAUAGUGAUUUUAUAUUACAUGAAAUUCAUAAUGCGUAUAAGUGUGUGUACAUGUUUAAGUUUUGGGGUAAUAAGUAUGUGUUGACCAAGUCUUAUUUUGAUUUAAAAAUAUUUGCUUCCUAUAUGUAAAUCUGUAAAGAGCAAUGUAUAUUGGUCGUAAAUGUGAAAAAUUAGUAUCUUUUGUAGUGAGGAAGAUACAGGAGUACUGAAUGAAAUAAUAGAUAUUGAAAUUGAGUGUCAUUGUGUUCAAACUUAUUUGGUAUUUAUUAUAGAACAUGUUUCCAUUUGGUGGAAUACAUGUAGAUACCAUGUCCUUGUAUUGAAUUCAGCUGUUCUUAAAGUCGCUCUAAUCUUACGAGCAGCUGUAUGACACGCCCACCUGAAUGAUACUUGUCUUUUAAGAUCUAACACACACAUAAAUUUCAUACUCGUCUCUUCCAUACUCUCUCUUCAUAUUCUCUAUACUAAUCAAAUGAUCAUAAAAAUGUGUUGGUAUUUGCAUAAUUUCAAAAGUUUGAAAUCACUAAAUGAUUGGGUUAAUUAUGGAUUCAGUCAUUUGUCAAAUAAAUAACCGCAUGUGCUACAUUUCUAUAGGGCGACCCUUGGUAAACUUUUCAAAUUUGCUUGUGUGUUGUUUUUUAUGUAGUAAUUUAUGUAAUCUAACUGAACAUGUGCACAUAAUUAAUAUACACUAAGAUUUACUGCCAAAACUAAUAUCUCCUCCAUUGCACAUUGUAAUAUAAAGGCCACCCACAUCACAAACCUUUAGUAGCUCCUGUUAGGUAUGUUAAUGUUUCAUUAAUGAACACGCAGAAAGCAAAUGAUAUUAUAAAAAAAAUUAUUGUUUUUGUAUAAUGUACAAACUUAGUUCUUCUCUUCGCAAGGAAAUAUCAUUCUUUUUCCUUCUUCAUGUUAACCAUUUGGUAGAAAGCUGUAGAAGUGGUAACUUAUACAAGUGUAAAAUAAGUAUUUGAAUGUAUACAGAUUAGAUCCAAGUUUCACAAAGGUUUGCAAUGGAUUGCAAAUGUAAAGAGCAAUUCUGUUUGGACCCUCGUCAGUGUGUUGAACAAUGUGUGCAUACAACAGCGAUCUUAAUUUAUUCAUUUCAAUCAUAAAAUCAUAAAAUAUAUAUAUACAACAGUAACAUGGAAUGAUCAUUAUGAUAAUGGUGAAAUUGGCGAAGAAACGAGUUACAAUAGAUUCAAACCACUUCUUUGGGAGACGGCCCAGAUAUGAAUUUUUCUGCGUUAACCAAAGCUUUUUUCACAUCUGGGCCCAGUAAACAAAGGUUUGCUAUAAAUCGCUAAUUUAAAAAUUGGUUCCUUAUUGGUCUACAGAGCAAAAUGCACACUCUGCAAUGAUGAUCUUGAUAGGCCAUUUCAUUUAGCAAUUAAUUGCUAAUGUUUGUGUUACCAGGCCCUGGUUACAUCAAUGCUAGAUCAUGUUUCUAUUUAGCCAAGUCAAGUUACCUCAUUAUUCAAAUUAUAUUAUGUACAUGUCUUUUAAAACUUCAGGUGGGGAACUGUAAAAGAUACGAAACGAGAUCAUUUUAUUGAUAUAAAGUAUUAAAUCUGGAUAGCUACAUGUAGUCACAGUUCAAACUGUAUAUGGGUUUUGUAAAAAUUAAAUUAAAAUCAUUAAAUUAAAA